AUGCACCUCCGCAACGGACGCGUCAUCGGUCCCACACCACAGGAGACUCCUACAAUGUCAGUCAACAGAAUGCCGAGCGGGACACCAGCCCAUCACCGCCACGUGACUCCGAAACCCGCCGUGGCAGAGCGGUCACAUGAGCAUAAGGAGGCGCCCCCGCAGGAGACACCUUUGCCCAAUGUUAUGCCAGGGGACAGUCCCUUCAUCGCCUGGGACCAAUUCCAGUCUGCAAUGAGUGUGAUUAGAACUGUUAUGGGGGAAACCGGAGCGUCCGGCGCAACGACUCCUAUACUACCUGAAGACGGCAGCACUAUGAAGGCCUUUCUGACGCGCAUCGAGCGCCGGUACACCCAGAUGGGACUGGAACCGCGCGAGUGGGGAAAUACACUUAUAGACCACCUUGUGGACCCGGCUCUAACGUAUUCGAUGUAUCUACAAGAAACCAUCGACCUAAGCGACUGGGCAACAGUACGGCGCAGGCUUUUGGAGCGGUUUGACAGAAAAAUGUCGCAGAGUCAAUUGUUAACGGAGUUGACAAAGGUACGGUGGAAUGGUGACCCGAAGGAAUACACCGACCAGUUUGCGGCUGUGGCAGAGCGGGGGUUGGGUCUAGCCCCCGACGAAAUCGCGGACUACUAUUGCGCCGGGAUACCGACAGACCUCCAUCUUCUAAUAACCAACAACGGACACGUGCAUCAUAGGGAAGCCCUGCUUGUCGUUGCCGCCGGUUAUGCGGAAGAG